AUGGCUCUAGUCACCUCUCCAUUAACCAAUUUUAAGCCAUACCCUUUUUUGCCUAUUAGCCGGGCGAAAGCGUCUUACAAGAAAGCAUCGUACAUAUCGUCUACAGUUCUGAAUUCUGAUCAGUGUAACCCUAAAUCGUUUAAAACCAUCUCCAAACGGAAAAUAUCAAGUCUUUUCGCUGUUUCAAACAAGAAAAGCCGCAAUGGAGCUGUUCUGGCAAUGGCGGAUGGUUCAGUUUUUGAAUCAGGACCAGAGCAAAAGAAUCGUAGGAGAAUUCUGUUAUCAGACGUGGUGGUGACGAGAGGAAGGAGCGUGUUUUGGGGGAGGAAAUGGAACUCACUGGAUAUAGGCACUGCUGGUGUUGUUUUAUCAAUGCAUUUGCUUAGUUUGUUCGCUCCCUUUUAUUUCAGCUGGAGUGCAUUUUGGGUUGCUUUUGGACUCUAUGUUGUUACAGGACUUUUGGGUAUUACUCUUUCUUUUCAUAGGAAUCUUUCGCACAGGAGCUUCAAGCUUCCCAAAUGGCUUGAGUACCUUUUUGCAUAUUGUGGUGUUCAAGCACUUCAGGGGAACCCCAUUGAUUGGGUUAGCACACAUAGGUACCACCAUCAGUUUUGUGAUUCUGAGAGAGACCCUCAUAGCCCCCUUGAAGGGUUUUGGUAUAGUCAUAUGAGUUGGCUCUUUGAUACCAAUUCUGUUAUUGAAAGGUGUGGAGAUCCAAGCAAUGUUGGGGAUUUGCAGAAGCAACCCUUCUACAAGUUCAUCCAAAAAACAUACAUUCUUCAUCCCAUUGCCUUUGGAGUUCUGCUAUAUGCAGUAGGAGGAUUUCCCUUCUUAGUCUGGGGGAUGGGAGUGAGGAUUAUAUGGGUUUUCCACAUCACUUGGCUUGUAAAUUCAGCUUGUCAUGUGUGGGGAAAGCAAUCAUGGAAGACUGGUGAUUUGUCCAGGAACAACUGGUGGGUAGCGAUGCUUGCAUUUGGAGAGGGGUGGCACAACAAUCACCAUGCAUUUGAAUACUCAGCUAGACAUGGCCUGGAAUGGUGGCAGAUUGACAUGACUUGGUAUGUUGUGAGGUUUCUUCAAGCUAUAGGGUUGGCAACUGAUGUAAAGCUACCAUCUGAGAUGCAAAAGCAAAGGCUGGCUUUCAACAAUUGAAGCAUACGGUCCAUGUGUAACACCACUUCAUGUUGGUGGACUUUCAUGCUAGCUCUUUAGUCUUUUUUAUAAUAGCUCAUGUUUACAUGCGCAUGUAACCAUAGUGAUGUAUACCAUACACAAAGUCAAAUUUGUUCAUUCAUAUUGCUUUCAUUUUUUCAUAGUACAGCGGUAAAAUGAGGCAUGUUUCACA